AUGACUGAUCCUAGCAAAUAUGAGACAGAAAGCAAUACAUGGAAAAAUCCAUCUGAAGUAAUCGAAAAAAAAAGCCGACUAAACAAAAGGAAAUCAAUUUUGUCAUUCUCUUCAUCUUUACAACAAUUUUCAAUUGAUGGCAAAAGAAGUGACGAAUCUUUACUGCGGUCUUCAACUUCACAAGAUACUUUUUUGAGAAAUAAAAAUCCAUUCAAACAAAUAGCUCCCAAAAGAUUGUUAAAGCAGAAGUCCUUGUCUUAUAAAAAUGACAUUAGUGAUUUUCAACUGGAAAUUGAUUUCAAUGAAGAUAGCAAUGCGUUACAUGAAUUUCCGGAUAGUGUUUUUAAUGCAAUCCGAAAACCUCUCAGCACAAAAUGGAUUGAAUCAAGCGGUUGUUCCUCAUCAAACAUCAGAACUAAUAAGCGAUCACUUCCAAUUGAUUUUUCCUGUAUUGAUGAAUUCGUUACUUCAUUGCCAAAACAGAAUGUUGAGAAAGUAGAUGUUGUAAAAACGGAAGUAGAUUCACUUCCAAUAGAUUUUCGCCUUGGUGUCAAAUUACGCUUAGAAUCAUCUGAACAAUUUUUUUGGUUGGAAGACUCAGGAGUUUCGAAGUUUGAUGAAGCUAUUGACUUGUUCUGUUCUCUACCUACUAAAUCUACUAAGUAUUUUGGUGAUGAAGCCAUAGUUUUCGGAAAUGAAAUAUUUCAGGAAGAUUUGGAAAGAAAUGAAUUUGCUAGUGACUGUGGAAAAUUUCUAGCUUGUACUCUUUAUUGGCAGUUUCCGGACAUAGCUUGGCAGCCUUCAUUUCCACGUUUGAGUCAAGAAUCCCGAUUAUUAACAAAAAAUGCUUCUAUUCCUAAUUUAUAUGCUGUUGGUGAUCAACCAGUUCAUGCGCUGACAGUACAAUGGUUUUCGUCAUUUGAGCAACUUUACCUUUCGUGGAGAUAUGGCAAGCGUCCAUAUUUUUAUGUUUGUUGUCCUUCAAGUACAAUAUUAUUUUGGAAAACUGCAAAAGGCAUCAUUGAAUUUGAUGAGAAUACAGGUCGGGAAGAUAAUGAUUAUAAUUUUCGUGUGGUAAUCACACCUACAUUAUACGGUUUUCGGCAGCAAUUACGAGAGGAGGGUAUCAGGUACCUAAUGCCAUUUCGCAAUGCACGUCGAUCAUCGUCUCUACGCUCUCUAUGUUUGACUGAUAACAGUGGACUGGAUCUUAAUCAAAGUCAACAGUCACUAACGGCAUGUAAUAAGAAAGAACAAUCGGUAGUGUCGUCAAAUAGUGCACUAUCUGAAAAAAAUUUUAGUCUUGAUUCUGAAGAUGAAUCAAAAGAAAAUCAGUUUACGGUUAAUAAUACGUUCGAAAAGGAGGAAAAUGGUGACAUGGAUAAUCCAAGUUUCGAUGAUUUGCAUAGUUCGAAUGAUACUGAUAAUGAUGAGUGGCUCAGAGGAAUAGGCAUAUCUCCCAGAAAAAAUCUGAAGAUCACUCGGAAGAAUUCAGUGAUGUCGUGCCGUUCUUUUGAACAUGAAUAUUCUCUGUCAUUACAUCCAGAUGCCGUAGACGAAAAUAAGAAAAGUGCGAUCGUUCUACGCGACUUAAAUAGUAUAACGGCUCUUUACAAUUUAAUGACAACGACGAAUUUUGGACGUGUUGCCACAGGUCCGCAAGCUGGUUUGCCUCCCACACUUUUGGCUAGACAACCAUUUCUACAUUCAGUACUAAAGAAU